UAUUUGUGAUUGGGGUGGGGCAUUUAGGUUUUCCUAUUUCCGUCCACUGUGACUGCCCUUUCGAUCCGUCGUCAACGUGCUCUUCGAGACGGCGCCUUCGAACCAAAGUUUCUUAACAAACGGUGUCAUGUCAUACAAUAGAAAAAGUUUCGGUAAUCAUCCGAAUGUUAACAAUGUUGGUCAGAGAAGGCCUAUACAGAAUAAUUUCAUACCUGGCGGUUCGCUGGCGCCCCAAAAGAACCCUCUUGUGGUCCCGCCUAUGAAACAACAGCAACAAAUGCAACAGCAGCAGCAACAACAGCAACAACAAAUGCAGCAGAUGCAACAGCAACAGCAAUUGCAACCACCACCACUUAGGCCACCUGGUAUGCCUGGUUCAACUGGCAAUAUGUUUAGGCCUGCACCGCAGGCACAGUCACCAAAGAAACAGGAACCAAUUAAAGUGGAGGUUUCGUCGCCAGUUCAACCGAAGCAGGAUGAACAAGCGCCACCAUCCCAACAAGACCAACUCGCCAACGAGCCUGUGCCGCAAGAAGGCGGCGAUCAGGGCAACAGAAUAAUUCGGCCGUGGUUCCGGAAAACGGCGAAGAUAACCAAAAAGGAAAAACAGAGAAGAAGAAACAUGAAACUGAGCAAGAUGUUGCAACCAAAGAACGCCGUUAUGAUACUUAACGAGUUGGUCCGAACACCCUCAUUCACCUUGACUGACGUACCGGAAGGUUUUCAAGCGGUAGUCGUUAUCGACGACGUCGAACAUGUUGGACUCGGACGCAGCAAAAAUCAGGCGAAGAACAACGCGGCAGAAAGUGCCAUCCGAUACAUAAUCAAAAAGCAGAAGUUCCGGAGUACGACUCAAUCACCCAAUGAGAACGGCGAAGUUAAAAUGGACGUGGACGAAGCGGGCGGCGAAACGCCUCUGCCCUGGCAACACGUCGCCUCGCUCGCCCUCUUCAAGCUGUUUACCUCGUGGAACGAGGACGUACGCUGCGAGGAGAGGAUCGACCACAAACCGGCGAAGAAAAUGCCGGCGAAUCCGGAAAUGAUGCAGCCAUUGAUGCUGCUCAAUCAGAUGCUGCCGCACGCGGAGUUCGAGGAGAUUGGCAAGGUGGGCACGCCGCCCAAUAUCCAGUUCACCUUCAGAUGCAGGGUGGAUAACCAAACGUUCGACGGCACCGGUCCAAAUAAAAAAUUAGCGAAGAAGUUCGCUGCAUUUGCAGCAUGUCACAAGAUCUUAAAUGUGAAUUACCCACCACAAGUAUGGUCUCCUGCUCAAUAAAUUAAUUUCUUAAAUGUUGAAUUUUAAAGUUUCGUAUGUAAUUUAUGUAUUUUACAUAAAAAAUAGCUUUACAAUUAACUUAUAUUAAUUUUUUUUAUUUUUUAAAAAAAUCUUAGUGCGUUAAUUGCGUUAUUAUGUAUUGAAUUUCUUCAUUGUGGAAGAAUUGACUUAUUGUAUUUUAUAUCGUAAUAAUAAAUAUAAAUA